UCGGGCCCAGCCUCAGCUUGGCCACGCUCCCUCCUCCUUCUCCACCUUUCUGGUCUCCCCGACUGCGCGGGGCCCCUGAGCCCAGGUGCCAUGGCUGCUGUGUACCGCCCGGGCCUGCGGCUCAGUUGGCAUGGGCUAAGCCCCUGGUGCUGGUCACAACACUGUAGCAUGCAGACCCUGCGUGUUGUCAGUGGAGAUCUAGGCCAGCUGCCUACUAAAGUUAGAGACUUUGUAGAGCACAGCGCCCACUUAUGCCAACCAGAGGACGUCCACAUCUGUGAUGGGUCUGAGGCCGAGAACACUGCCACACUGGCCCUGCUGGAACAGCAGGGUCUUAUCCGAAAACUCUCCAAGUAUAAUAACUGCUGGCUAGCCCGCACAGACCCCAAGGACGUGGCACGAGUAGAAAGUAAGACGGUGAUUGUAACUCCCUUCCAGCGAGACACAGUGCCCCUCCUGGCUGGUGGGGCCCGUGGGCAGCUGGGCAACUGGAUGUCCCCAGCUGAGUUCCAGCAAGCUGUGGACGAGAGAUUUCCGGGCUGCAUGCAGGGCCGCACCAUGUACGUGCUUCCAUUCAGCAUGGGUCCUGUGGGCUCCCCAAUGUCCCGUAUUGGGGUACAGCUCACAGAUUCAGCUUAUGUGGUUGCAAGCAUGCGCAUUAUGACCCGACUAGGGACGCCUGUCCUUCAGGCCCUGGGAGAUGGUGACUUUAUCAAAUGCCUGCACUCUGUUGGCAAACCCCUGACUGGGCAAGGGGAUCCGGUGAGCCACUGGCCAUGCAACCCAGAAAAAACCCUGAUUGGCCAUGUGCCAGACCUACGGGAGAUUGUCUCCUUCGGCAGUGGCUAUGGUGGUAACUCCUUGCUGGGCAAGAAGUGCUUUGCCCUGCGUAUCGCCUCUCGCCUGGCCAGGGAUGAGGGCUGGCUGGCGGAGCACAUGCUGAUCCUGGGCAUCACCAGCCCUGCAGGGAAAAAGCACUAUGUGGCAGCAGCCUUCCCCAGUGCCUGUGGCAAGACCAAUCUGGCUAUGAUGCGGCCCUCACUGCCAGGCUGGAAAGUGGAGUGUGUGGGGGAUGACAUCGCAUGGAUGAGGUUUGACAGUGAAGGUCAACUCCGGGCCAUCAACCCUGAAAACGGCUUCUUUGGGGUGGCCCCUGGCACCUCUGCCAUCACUAAUCCCAAUGGCAUGGCCACCAUCCAGAGUAAUACUCUUUUUACCAACGUGGCUGAAACCAGUGACGGCGGCGUAUACUGGGAGGGCAUUGACCAGCCUCUUCCACCCGGUAUCACCGUAACCUCCUGGCUGGGCAAACCCUGGAAACCUGGUGACAAGGAACCCUGUGCACAUCCCAACUCUCGCUUUUGUGUUCCGGCUCACCAGUGUCCCAUCAUGGACCCAGCCUGGGAAGCCCCAGAGGGUGUCCCUAUUGAUGCCAUAAUCUUUGGAGGCCGUAGACCCAAAGGGGUACCCCUGGUGUUUGAAGCUUUCAACUGGCGUCAUGGGGUGUUUCUGGGUAGCGCCAUGCGCUCCGAGUCCACUGCAGCAGCUGAACACAAAGGAAAGAUCAUUAUGCACGACCCAUUUGCCAUGCGGCCCUUUUUUGGGUACAACUUUGGGCACUACCUGGAGCACUGGCUGAGCAUGGAGGGACUAGAGGGAGCACAGCUACCCCGCAUCUUCCAUGUCAACUGGUUCCGACGUGAUGAGGCAGGCCACUUCCUAUGGCCAGGCUUUGGGGAGAACGCUCGCGUGCUAGACUGGAUCUGCCGGCGAUUACAGGGGGAAGACAGUGCCCAAGAGACACCCAUCGGGCUGGUGCCAAAGGAAGGAGCCCUGGAUCUUAGUGGCCUUGGAGCCAUAGACACCACUCAGCUGUUCUCACUCCCCAAGGAUUUCUGGGAGCAGGAGGUUCGUGACAUUCAGAGCUACCUGACAGAGCAGGUCAACCAGGAUCUGCCCAAAGAGGUGUUGGCUGAGCUAGAGGCCCUGGAGGGACGUGUGCGCAGAAUGUGACCCGAGGCUCCAGACUAGCAAGAACACAACACUCCUGUAUGGGAAUUGGGAACCGCAGGCUUGCAUAAAAUAUGAGCAAUUUAAGCCAGGCAUGGUCGUGCACAACUUUAAUCCCAGCAAUUGGGAGGCAGAGAUAGGAGGAUCUCCAUGAGUUCGAGGCUACCCUGAGACUACAUAGUGAAUUCUAGGUCAGCCUAAG